ACUUACCGUAAACACCCGAAUAGACGCGCAGCCGUUUGCGGUUGCUUUAUCCAGGCUUCAGAGGGAAUUUUCUCUUGCAGGUCUCACUUGAUUGCAAUGUAACUUCUGGACUGAACAACACUACUCACCGCUUCUUUAGAUGCCGCCGUCUUUUCCAGUGAAGCCUUUCUGAAGCUGCGAAGAGGACACGAGGUGCCAAGAGGUGAGGACGGGCAGAGCUUCCCAACAUGUCCAAGACCAAGAGCUCCGAGUCCGUCAAGGUGGUGGUCCGCUGUCGUCCCAUGAAUGACAAAGAGAAGGCCUCUAAAUUUGAACAAAUGGUUUCCGUUGAUGUCAAACUGGGUCAGAUUAUGGUCAGGAACCCGCGUGAAGCCAGCGAGCUCCCCAAAGUCUUUACUUUUGAUUCAGUUUACGACUGUAACUCGAAACAAAUAGAUCUGUAUGACGAAACCUUCCGGCCUCUGGUCGAUUCUGUUCUCCUUGGCUUCAAUGGGACCAUUUUUGCUUACGGCCAAACGGGGACGGGAAAGACGUACACAAUGGAGGGAGUGAGAAAUGAUCCGGAGAGGAGAGGAGUGAUCCCCAACUCCUUUGAGCACAUAUUCACGCACAUUUCACGCUCCCAGAACCAGCAGUACCUCGUGAGAGCGUCAUAUCUGGAAAUUUACCAAGAGGAGAUCCGGGACCUGCUCUCCAAAGACCAAUCCCACCGCCUGGAGCUCCGGGAGCGGCCCGACACGGGUGUGUACGUGAAGGACCUUUCGUCGUUUGUCACCAAGAGCGCGCGGGAGAUCGAACACGUGAUGAACGUGGGCAACCAGAACCGUUCGGUUGGUUCCACGAACAUGAACGAGCACAGCUCGCGCUCUCAUGCGAUCUUUGUCAUCACGGUGGAGUGCAGCGAGUUGGGCGUGGAUGGAGAGAACCACAUCAGGGUGGGUAAGCUGAACCUGGUGGAUUUGGCUGGAAGCGAAAGGCAGACAAAGACCGGCGCUCAAGGCGAGAGACUGAAAGAAGCCACUAAGAUAAACCUUUCGCUUUCCGCCCUGGGAAACGUCAUAUCGGCUCUGGUGGACGGCAGGAGCAGCCACAUCCCCUACCGAGAUUCCAAACUCACCCGCCUGCUGCAGGACUCCCUGGGAGGAAACGCCCGCACUGUGAUGGUCGCCAACAUCGGCCCGGCGUCCUACAACGUCGAAGAGACCCUGACCACGCUGCGCUACGCCAACCGGGCCAAGAACAUCAAGAAUAAGCCGCACGUCAACGAGGACCCCAAGGACGCCCUGCUCAGGGAGUUCCAGGAGGAGAUCGCCCGGCUGAAGGAGCAGCUGGAGAAACGCGUGGGGAAGAAGAAAAAGAGGAGGCAGAGGAGGAGGGGAGGGGAAGGAAGCGACGGAGAAGACCUGGAGGACGGAGAGACGGAGGACGACGACGAAGGAGAAGGAGGCGGCGACUACUGGAGGGAGCAGCAGGAGAAGCUGGAGCGGGAGAAGAAGGCCGUCCUGGAGGACCACAGUCUGGUGGCCGAGGAGAAGGAUCGGCUGCUCAGGGAAAAGGAGAGGAAAAUGGAAGACUUGAAGAAAGAAAGAGAAGUCGGUGAAAUGCUUGCAGCUAAAGUUAAGGCGAUGGAGAGCAAGCUUCUUGUAGGUGGGAAAAAUAUUGUUGAUCACACCAAUGAGCAGCAGAGGAUGCUGGAGCUGAGGAGGCAGGAGAUUGCUGAACAGAAACGGAGAGAGAGAGAGAUGCAGCAGCAGAUGGAGAGUCGUGAUGAAGAGACUCUGGAGCUGAAGGAGACCUACAGCUCUCUGCAGCAGGAGGUCGACAUCAAGACCAAGAAGCUGAAAAAGCUGUUUUCCAAGCUGCAGGCGGUGAAGGCAGAAAUUCAGGACAUCCAGGAGGAGCACAUCAAGGAGCGGCAGGAACACGAACAGACCCAGAACGAGCUCACCAGAGAACUCAAACUCAAACAUCUGAUCAUCGAAAACUUCAUUCCUCUGGAGGACAAGAACAAAAUCCUCAACAGGGCUUUCUUCGACGAUGAGGAAGAGUGCUGGAAGAUGAAGGCCAUCACUCGCAUUGAGGACGACCAUCAGAUGAUGUCCCGGCCCCCGUCUGCCGUGGGCUACAGGAGGCCCCUCAGUCACCAUGCUCACAUCGCCAUGAGGACGAAGCCUGACAUGAGAUACAAAGCUGAAAACAUCCUGCUGCUGGACAUGGACCUGCCUUCUCGGACCACUAAGGAGUACCAAGAGCCAGUCAUCGCUCCAAAGGUGGCAGCAGCCCUGGAGGACGCUCUUAGAGACGAGGAUGAGAUCCAAGUAGAUGCUUCAGGCUUCCACAGCAGCUCGGGACCGACCCCGCCUGCCAGUGCCAGCAGCAGCCUUAAGAAACCAAAGUCUGGUCGACCCAGAACAAGCAAGAAGUCGAGCACGCCAACCUCUCCAUUCAGCCCUUGCAGUCUAGCAUCCCCUCUCUACCCACAAUCCCGCGGCCUGGUGCCCAAGUGACGCCUUCUUCCAUUGCCGUCACCAACCUCUUUGUGCACCUUCCCACUUUAAGACUCUUAGAGGAUUGGGUUUGUUUGGUCAGGAGCCAAAGGAACCUUUAAGACUACUGCUGCUCUAGUUUCAGCUGUCACCACAUCACUGCUAACAGCUGCCACGCAUGAAGCCCCAAAUCACACUCCACUGAGACUGCCUCUGUCACCUGACUCUUUGUCUUAAACAUCACUAAGUUCUUAAUAUGAAGAUUGCCUGCAGGGUCCAGUCCACGUCUUUACAUUAAUUUGUCACAUCGUGGUAAACUUCAUGCGGUAGAUUUUUAUUUGUUUGAUUGUAUCUGACGGUCAGAGAGUAGAAGACACGACCGUUGCUGUAAUCAAUAAAUGUUGUUCUUCCUGGGGCCCGGCAGAAGGAGGCAGGAGAGGAUAGAAGCAUCCCAGCGGGUGGGUAACCCACCACUAAAAACACAUCAGGGUUCCAAGGUGCCUUAAACCUGCAAUCCUCAACGUCCUCAUUUAAAUCCUGCAGGCAUGUCGUCUCCUUCAUUUAUUCAUUCAUUUACUACAUCAUGCACUGCUUGGAUGGAGGUGUUUAGAAUCCAGCCUUUUCUUUGGGUUGCUUGGUAGACGAAGAGCAACACGGUCAUGGUUAAUAAAAGUUCACCCUUUUUCAAAUGGAAAGUCUCGUGUCACAGAACAUGAUUAGGAAAUUAGUUCCAAAAAGCUCUUAAAAUGAAGUAAAUAGACCAAUAGGUCUUUCAAGAUUAUACCUUCAGGUAAAUCACAUUAAGGUCUGGACUUUGAUGCUCAUGAACCCCUUUUGUUGCAGGAUCUGCACUCAUUAUUUACACCUUUCACACUAAAAGUGUUCUCCUGAUCCACUUUGGUUGCUAGUCACAACUCUGUAACUCAUAGCUACAACCCUGUAACCCCUGGUCACAACCCUGUAACCCAUAGCAACAACCCUGUAACCCCCAUAGCUACAACCCUGUAACCCCUGGUCACAACCCUGUAACCCCUAGCUACGACCCUGUAACCCCUAGCUACAACCCUGUAACCCCUGGUCACAACCCUGUAACCCCUGGUCACAACCCUGUAACCCCUAGCUACAACCCUGUAACCUCUGGUCAUGACACUGUAAUCCCCAGCUACAGCCCUGUAACCCCAUAGCUACAACCCUGUUCAGUUAUUUGUUUAACUGCUAGGUAGACUGGCAUGUAUGAAGUGAAAGGAACAAAGUAAACUAAGGGUUUGUGUCUGAACUAAUGCAAAAUUAUUUUUUUUUUUUCAUUAUUGCUGUAGUUUUUGGGGGUCAUUGUCCUGUUUGAGUCGGGGUUGGUGUAAUGAGGAGUUCAUGGUGUUCUUAUCAGUCUCCCCUGCCAUGUUUGAUGAUUGUUACAGCUCUCACCCCCCCUCAUCUAACAGAGACAGGUUCACAUUUUCAGAGCUUCCAUGUAUAUAAACAGCUUGAAAGGGGGUGAACUUUAACCUUUCCAUGACCAUGUAUUCCCCCCGUGAGUUCUUUAUACCUGGUCUAUCUGUCUCGAAUGAGAUCCCAGCAACUUCACUCCCCCUGCCACCACAGCUGGACUUAAUGUAGACUUGCCACAAAAAUCGGUCGAAACACUUGAACUUGCAGGAUGCUCGAUCUUUCUGCCUCUAUGCUACUUUGUUACUGUGAUGCGUGCGCUGUUUACUUGCUGCUACUGUGGAGGGGUCUCCAACCCACUGUGACGUUUAAACCAGCCUGGGUCAACUUGCAAACUGCAUCCCCUCACAUAGAUGUUUUCCUCCUGAUGGUUUCUCCCAGUAGCUGGAACCUUUCUUGCUGUUUGACCCAUCCCUGCUAUUCAUUUAGAUAUUUAACAUUAUAGACUUGUUGCUAGGCAAUCUUUAGUCACUUUUGAACAUGUAAAGGAGAAAAGAAAUAUAGGUUACCAUAUUAAAAGAAAAAGUACUUAUAACUUAUUGAAAUUUUUCCUUUUUUUUAUAUGCAGAUGUAGAUUUAAUUUUUAUAUGCUUUUUUCCCCCUGUGAAAUACUUUUAUUUUUUUGAGCUCUGUAAUUUAAGGUUAAAAGAUUUAUUUUUAGCGUCUUACAUGCAGUAUGUGUAUUUUCUAUUCACCGUGGCUUUUUUGUGUGUGUGUGUGUGUGUGUGUGCGUGCGUGUGUGUGUGUGUGUGUGUGCGUGUGUGCGUGUGUGUGUGUGUGUGUAUGUGUGUGUGUGCUUGAUCGGAGCGUUUUCCCACACGGUUGAGAUUAAAGUGUGUAAGUGCAGAAAAAUGCUGGAUUUAUGUCACAGCCGAGUAUUUACUGCUUACAGCUGUCGAGUCGAUUUACCAAAUGCAUAUCCUGUUCGGAUCGGAACCGAUCGAUGUAACUAACAUUGCAGCUCCGUAGACGUGUUGCAUGAUCUUAGCAUGCUUGAGUAACACAUUUGGCUUUGCUAUUAUUUAUCAAUCGCAGGAACCUGGCAAGCCCAGUGUUGUUGUCUUUAUUUAUUGUUCAGUUAUUUGUUUUACUGAACAAGCCGCAGCACUGGAUCAGAAACUUUACACGUGUGUGACCAACUUUUAUGUGCUGUUAUUAUUUUCAAGCCAAAUGUAUUUUUUUUUUCUUGUUCAGUAUCUUUACAUUAUUAAAGAAAUUUUAGUGAAAAACA